AUGAAUAAUGUGGUUGGAAAUUCUUCGGAUUUCAUAUUGGAAGGUUUCUUUUUUCCACCCAGUGGAAGGGCGCCUCUAUUUGUCUUAACUCUUUUUGGGUAUACGGUCAUUGUUUUUGUGAAUGUCCUGGUCUUUCUAGUUAUAACACUUCAUAAGAAGUUACAUGAGCCAAUGUAUAUAAUGUUGUGUAACAUGAUUGUCUGCGACUUAAUCGGUAGCACUGCUUUAAUGCCAAGAUUAAUGUCCGACUUCUUCGUGGAUGUGAAGAUCAUCUCCUUUGAAGCAUGCUUCAUUCAAGCUUUCUGUAUUCACAUGUACACAUGUGGGGCUCAGCUGAUACUAACGGUGAUGGCAUUUGAUAGAUAUGUUGCAAUUUGUAAUCCUCUGCGCUACUCCACAAUCAUGACACCCUGGACAUUAGUAAAACUCUGCUCGAUUGCCUGGGGAGGCGCCUUUACUCUGGUCGUAGUUCUCUUGACGCUAACAACUAGACUUCAAAAAUUCAUGGCUUUGCGGUUUCCAAAUAUCAAUCCAAAUACCACUAAGGCAAUCGGAACUUUAAUGAUUUCUGUCCCGCCCUGCCUGAACCCUAUGAUUUAUGGUAUAUGCACGAAUGAAAUUCGCAAUACUGUGCUGAAAUUGUUUAUCAAAUCUCUUCUGCAGAAGAUGAAUAACGUGGCUGAAAAUUCUUCAUAUUACGUAUUGGAAGGUUUCUUUUUUCCACCAGAAGCAAGGGCUCCUCUGUUUGUCGUAACCCUUUUUGGGUAUAUUCUCAUUGUUUUUGUGAAUGCUCUGGUGUUUGUAGUUAUAACACUUCAUAAGAAUUUGCAUGAGCCGAUUCUUAUUCACUGCCUGGUUGAUUCCAUGUUGGAGUCAGUCCCAGAGAAUGAGAGGGAUGCCUCUAUGCGGCUGAAAGUCGUGGAGGUGCGGAUUCUGACUGCCAUAUGUGGCUAUGUACCAAAUGUCAGUUCGGAGUACCAGGCCUUCUUAGAGUCACUGGAAGGGAUCCUGGAAAGGGUCCCAACAGGGGAUUCCAUAGUUCUGCUGAGAGACUUAAAUGCCCACAUGAGUAAUGAUGAAAAUAGCUAG